AUUUAAACCUUAAUUUUAUCAAAUUUUUAAUAAAAACAAUUUAUAAAAAGAAUCGAUUCUUUUGACAAAACAGCCAAACAUCGAUCAGUAAUCGAAUAUUCUAUGUAUUUAAUCUGUGGAUAGUCUAAGCAAUGUCACAGUAAAUAUGCAAGCAGUAGUUUGACUUCAUACUAGAGGUCGAAAGGCGAGCUAUACCUCAAUUUCAAUUUCAACUUACUAGUUAAAUAGAUUUUAUUAAUUAGAAAUAAGACUAACUCACUAACAUACUAAAAAAAAAAAAGAUAAUAAAUCAAAGGAUAUGUGGUUUUGUGGCUGUUCAAAACGGUGUAAAGAAUCCUUAGACCAUAAAUAAAUCACAUUCACAGGCUAAGAAAAUAAAGGUCUCGUGCAAAGUGCAAAUAUAUAUUAUGAAAUCUCUCUUGUAAGAUUAUUAGAGAUUCUGUGAGUGUUGACAUUGACUUUAUUAAAUUCAAUGUACCUAUGUAUGACAAUUGACAUUGACGUUUCGUAAAAUAAAAAAAGCAUUUUUUUUAUGUUGUUGCUGUAAAAUUUAAUUUAGUGUAAUGUUUGAUGAAUUUAAAAUAAAUAGAAAUGGUUUAGAACUAUGUGAAAAAUGAACGGAGAUGCUGACAAGGUAACCAGCAGCUGGCUCAGUCACAGCACAGUUAGUGCGAUGGUAAACAGACCGUGUCAAGUAUGCUAAGCCGCUUCUCGGACGUCCUGCAGAGCGCCGCGGAUGUUCUGGCGCCGCCGCCCUCGCGCCUGGAGGAGUUCCAGUACCACUGGAAGAUGGUGCUGAACUUCUACCACAACUACGACGAGAGCAGCAAGCAGCGCGUGGAGGACACGCGCCUGCCGCACCACCUGCAGCACAUGCUGCAGCUGCUGGUGGACGAGGAGGCGGAGGCGGCGGCGGGCGCGGACGCGGGCGCGGGCGCGCUGGGCGCGUGCCGCGAGGCGGUGGCUCGCCGCGCCGUGCCGCUGCCCGACGCGCUGGCGGCGCUGGCGCACGCCGACCGCCCGGCGGGCGCGCGCGCGCUUGCGCUGGCGCUGCUGGCCGCGCUGCUGCGCCGCACGCGCGCCAGCCUGCACUGCGCGCCCGUGCACGGCCCGCUGCGCCGCGUGCUGCUGCGCGCCGCGCCGCCCGCCUCGCCCACGGAGCGCGAGGAGGCCGAGCUGCUGCUGGCGCUGUGCGGCCGCGUGCGCCGCGAGCCGUCGCUGGCCGCGCUGUUCACGGCGCCGCUGCCCGAGGAGGAGCCCGCGCUGCGCCUGCCGCCCGCCGCGCCGCGCCGCAGUCCGCUGUGGGACGUGCCGCCGCCGGCCGCGCGCGUGGCGCUGGCGGGCGACGGGCGUCGCACGCCGCACGACGAGCCCGAGCGCUUGCUGCUGGCCGAGCCGCUGCUGCGCCACCUGCACAGCGCCGACAGCCGCGUGGUGCUGCGCGCGUGCGAGGCGCUGCUGGUGCUGGCGUCGCUGCCGGCGCCCGAGGUGGCGCACCUGCUGGCGAGCAGCCCGGCGUGCGAGUGCGUGGCGGAGCGCCUGCUGGCCGCCUUCCGCGCCGUGCCCGCCGACCUGGACCCGGCGGACGCAGAGGCGCUGCCGGCGGGCUGGGCCAGCGCGCCGCCCGACGAGCCCGCGCCGCGCGCGCCCGGGCGCCGCCAGCUGGGCGCGUUCUUCGGCUGGCUGGACUACUGCGACACGCUGUGCAAGGAGUGCCACCCCGCGCUGGCGGCGCACCUGGCGCGCGCCUUCCGCUCGCACUUCCUGGACGCGGCGGGCGAGGCGCUGUCGGCGCGCGGCGCGCUGCUGGCCACGGCGCUGCUGGCGCGCUGCCUGCGCCGCCUGGACGCGCCCGAGCUGGUGGACGAAUUCUCCGACUGGCUGGUGGGCGACGGGCCGCUGGAGGAGUGGCCGCUGCUGCUGACGCUGGUCGACAACUGCCUCGGCGCCGACCACGACCUCACGCUCGAGACGCUGCGCUUCUUCGAGGUCAUCGUGGAGAAGGGCAACGAGCGCAGCAUGGAGCGGCUGGUGCUGGCGCGCGUCAGCUCGCGCGGGUACGUGGCGCCGCCCGCCGAGCGCGACGACAGCGCCGAGCGCGACGAGCGCGAGCGCCUCAACGACGUGUCCUUCGCGCGCGAGCGCGAGCGCAGCCGGGACGCGCUGCAGCAGCUGCAGCACGAGCGGCGCGUGCGCGAGCGCGUGGGCGAGCUGCUGGCGCACGAGCGCGACGAGCGCGCGCCCUCGCCCGACCUGCACGACGACAUCAACAGCUUCCUGCUGCUGCUGCCGCGCGCCGUGCUGUCGGACCCGCUGGGCGCCGACUACGCGCAGUACGUGGCGGACGCGCAGCGCCAGCUGCAGCACUGGCUCGACUGCACCGCCGCGCACGCGUGGCGCCGCGACACGCGCGACGCCGACGCCGACAGCUGCGACAGUCGCGCCGAGGCCGACCGGCCCGCGCCCGCACCCUUCGACGAGGGCCCGUUCCUGCGCGCGCUGCUGGAGCUGGCGGCGCGCAUGCCGGAGCGGCCCUACCGCGUCAACCUGCAGCUGACGGCCGUGCUGGCGCGCCUGGCGCUGCUGCCGCACGCCGCGCUGCGCGAGUACCUGCUGCGGCCCGCGCUGCCCGCCGCGCCCGCCACGCGCACGCUGUUCCGCGCGCUGAGCGGCGUGGCGGCGCGCCUGGCCGUCGCCGUGCCGCGCCUGGCGCAGCACCGGCGCCGCCUGCACCGCACGCGCCUGCAGCUGCUGAGCGAGGACCCGGCCGCCGACGACGCGCCGCGCCACCCGCUGCUGGAGACGCUCAUCGUGCUGGAGGAGUUCUGCAAGGAGCUGGCCGCCAUCGCCUUCGUGCAGCACCAGCACGAGCGCCAGCAGCGCUGACCCGCCAGUGGGCGAGCUGCAGACCUGCAGUUGCCACAGCUGACGUUGGCACGUUUGACACUUGCACCUGACAGUAGUGUUCCAAAGACUCGAGCCCUUUAGCGCUACUGUAUAUAAUGUGUUUUUUAGAGCUCGACUAAUAGAACGCCUUUCAAAAAAACUCGAGUCUUAAAAAGGUUCGAGUCCUAUUUUAGGGUUUAACGUUUUGUAGUCGUAGUCUAAACUCUGGUCUUCUGGAUUACGACUAGCUUUUUUAUUGGAGCAAAGUUCUUUUAAGCAAUUUACAGUGAAUUGGCAGAAAUCGCCAUUUAAUAUUUUAUGUAUCCAUACAUAAAAUUUAUAGUUAUAUAUAUAAAAUUUAUAGUAAGUUUACUCUCGAUUUGUUUCACUAGUAGGUAAAUUAUUAUUAAAAACGCCGCCAUUUUAAUUUCUUAUUAUUGCGCCGAUUUCGUUCAAAAUUGAUAUCUGGGCAUUGCAUGAAUAGCGAAAAAGGAUUCUGCAGUAAAAAUAAAAAAAGUCCGCCAUCUUGAAAUUCCUUAUUCCUGCACCGAUUUCGUGCAAAAUUAUGUGAUAUGAAUGGCGAAAACAGAUUCACAAGUCAAAAUUAAAAUAAAAGCCUCCAUUCUGAAUUCUUUUAUUCCUGCAUCGAUUUCGUUCAAUAUGAAUGACACCUAGGCAUUGCAUGAAUGGCGAACAAGGAGCCUUUUUAAUAUUUUCACUUCAUUCAGAAAAUAUUAAAAAGGCCGCCAUUUUGAAAUUUUCUCAUUUCUGCACCGAUUUCGUUUAAAAUUGAUAUUUUUGGACUUAGGCUAAAGAGCUAUUUGCCUUGUAUAGUCUUAAAUAAAGAGCUAAAAGACUCGAGUCUUUUGGUACACAACUUGACAGAUCGAACAUGGACCUCCUCGAACAUGAGAAGAUUAUUAACUAAAUUCAAUAAUUAAUUAGAUGCAGUUAAUUAAAGCAAUUAGUUUAAGUUAUCACUUCUGUCGAUCGUCCCGAGACGCAUACGUUUUUAUUCUAAUAAGUUUGAUUGAAAUUUUGAUAAGAUAAUACUGUACAGUCAAAACUGAAAUACUGUACAGUCAAAACUGAAGGUCUGUAGCCCGCCUUAGUGUCACACAGACAGGAGUCGUGGUGUGUUGGUGUUUAAUGAACAGACUUAAGUACGAUUAUUUACACAUAUCCUGCCAACUAUGGCAGGAUAUGUGUUAAAAUAUAAUAUAAGACCUAUGUAAAUGUACCAUAUUCUGGCAAAAUAAAAUUGAUUGAUUGAUUGA